AUUUGGCGCAAGCUGGCAUAUAAAUGAUGCGGACUCUCUUCUCUGCUACCGCAUCCUCACGGUCAUCUUUGUACUUCUUUGUGAACCAUAUUAAACUUAAUUAACUGAAUCACUUCUCAGUAAAAUUAACCUGCAUCAUAUUUUUUCUAAGUAUGUCCCUCCAAGCGAAAGAAGGGAGAUAACCUGAACCUAACCUGCUGGUACUGAACCGAACCCUCUUACACUCGGCGCUGCUCCCAACCGGCUAUGGGCGGCUUUCAACUCCCGCUUAUCGCGGUGGUGCUAACGGUCUGCUCAGCUGUCGGAAACCCGGAGACACCCGCUCAUGAAGACGGUGCUCCGCCUUCACGAAUCGCUGUGGUUGGAGCAGGUAUAGGAGGCAGCUCGACGGCCCAUUUCCUGCGCCAACACUUCGGUCCUGAGGUGCAGGUGGACGUGUUCGAGAAGGGCGAGGUCGGAGGUCGCCUGGCCACUGUAACCGUCAACCACAAUGAAUACGAGUCUGGAGGAUCCAUUAUUCACUCCCUCAACCUGCACAUGCAGGAAUUUGUCAAACAGCUUGGUUUGAAAUACCGUCGAAAUGUGGCAGGAAAGACUGCCGUUUUUAAUGGUGAAGAGGUGAUUUUGGAGGAGACCGACUGGUACCUGUUGGAUCUGUUCCGGCUUUGGUGGCGCUAUGGGAUCAGCUUCAUACGGCUGCAGAUGUGGGUGGAGGAAAUCAUGGAGAAAUUUAUGAGGAUUUAUAAGUACCAGGCUCACGGCUACGCCUUCAGCUCCGUGGAGGAACUCCUGGACUCUCUGGGAGGCAGCGGCUUCAUCAACAUGACCAGACGGCCGCUCUCCGACUCGCUGCUGGAGCUGGGCGUGUCGCAGCGCUUCAUAGAUGAGGUCAUCGCUCCCGUCAUGAGGGUCAACUACGGACAGAACGUCAGCAUCCCCGCCUUUGUAGGUGCUGUUUCUUUGGCUGGUGCCCAGAACAACCUGUGGGCGGUGGAAGGAGGAAACAAGCAGGUGUGUUCAGGACUCCUGAAGAUGGCUAACGCUAACUUACUGAAGGCUCAGGUCACAUCUAUCUCCCCGCUCCACUCAGGUAUACCUCCACUGACGUUUUCUGAAAAAAGAUUAUUUUAAUCUUCUAAUCCAGUUUAAUUUAGAUUUGACUUUGUGUUGCUGCGCGAAGAGGAUUAGCCAUUUUGAAAAUGAGGGAUCAGCAGUUUUCUGCCGAUUCAUCCUGAACACGAAUAAGUUCUAAAUUUAGUUCAACCAUGUUAAAUGCAUUAAAUACAUUUUCUUCUCCCCUGCUCUCUUUGCUUACAUAACGGUAAAAUUACCAGCACAGCUUGUCCUUUCAUUCACAGACUUUAUUACUUUCGUCAUGAGAAAACAUAACUGAAAUAAAGUGGCCACUUUAGAGUACAUUUAUUAUUCUGGUCACUUCAAAAUGUCAAUGCAACAGAAGGGUUUAGUUUCUGAUGUCACUUCACAUUUCUCCUGUAAAAAAAACUACAAUUCAAAUUUCUUAAAAUUAUGAGCUCCACAACACCAGUGACGGGAAACAAAUAGAGACGGAUCCAAGACUCCUGCUAGUUGGAUAACAACGUCUGAAUUUAAGCAGCUAAAAAAUACUUUUAAAUUCCUGCUUUCCCUUUGUAACCCCU